AUGAACCAAGCUCUGAGUGUGAGACUUGUUCUCAUUGCAUGCCUUGUAGUAACGACUUGUCUCUUCUUGUUGGCAAGUGACAGUUGGGUCGUUGCCAAACCUUCGAUGCGGUUGAAUGGAAAACCAAAGAAUUCUUCACCAAAUCUUGAAAGAAUUGUCGAUACAAUCGCUACCCUGACGAAACGCAUUCGAGAGGAACAAUCUACGGAAAAUGUUUCCUUUCGAAAGUUUCCAAUGAGAUUUGCUGAAAAGAAAGGACUUUACAAAUCGUACAUUCACUUCAACAAUGGAGGCACCGAUUGGGAAAGUAUCUUUCUUCGACGAGUGAUGAAAAUUCUCGACAUUAAUGUUUUCGUCACAAAUUUCGUUGUUUUAACACAAAUUGAAUCUCAACACUUACUCGAAACCACUCGCUCUGCUUCCCACAUUGCUCGAGACAUUAUCCAAGAAGAUCGUCUCAAAAUGGCCAUCGAAGGAAUUCUCUCUUUCCAUGACCUUAAUUUCAACUCUUCCAUUCCAGUGUAUAAUUUCUGGCCUCAACGCUCGUCUGCGAAUUCCAAAUAUUUUCAGGCCUAUCCCAUCAAUUUAGUCGGUCCAUUGGAUGAAUACGAAUCGAUGAGUGAUUACAUGGAAGAUAUUUUAGGUUUUUUAGGUUUAAAUUCUUUGAGACAUAAAGUGAAAGAAAUGGCAGACACUUUCAUGAUGUUGGCUCAGGCGUUUCAUAUUCCAGCUGAUUAUGAUUGUGCGAGCUGUAAUUUGGCAUUGGGAGCAAUGAUGCAGAAAGAGUUGGCUUUGAAAUAUCCAUCCAUUGUUUCUGAAUGGAAAUCUCAAAAUUCACACAUUCCAGAAUUGUUUUUGGCAUUUGAUAAGUAUGCUUACAGUAACAAUCUCAAAGACAAGAAUGUAUUCGAAACCAAUGUCGAUCCAAGAUCGUACUACAUUUUUCAACAAUACUUCUCAGCAGGGGGCUCUAUCAAGCUUCCAAUGACUUGGAUGAUGAAUACUCAGGAAAAUCGAGAACGAUAUCCAGCCGUUGCUCAACCUUUCAAUGUCAAUAAUAUUGACGUGAGUGUGUUGUGCAAUUUCCUGUAUGGCGUUUCCUCUCAUUCGAUGCAUGUCGAUCCUUUGCCAUUGAGAAAUGAUCGAGUCAUGCAACAAAUGGCUUUGAAUGCUUCUCAAUUGAUUUAUCAUACAGUGAGUCAAGGAUUAGAAUUGAAACGUCCAGAUUUGGCAAUGAUUUAUUACCCAAGUGUUUAUAACUUUUAUUGGUUUAUUUCGAGAACGAGUUUUGAAUUGAGAAAUAGUAGAAUGCCAGAAGAGGUGAAGGGAUUGUUGAGUGUCAUUUCGAAUACCUUGUAUCAAGCUUUGGUCAAUUUUGCUUCUCCAAAUUUGCUGAAAAUGGUUAAAAUGACAAGUGACAAUGAAUGUUAUUGGGAUGACUUUUUGGGAGAUGGACCAAAGAAAACACUCGGUGAGGAUCGCAUGUAUUCCAGUGCUUUGGCCAUCUCUGUCCUACUCGACACUUGGACACAAAUGAAUUCAACCUUAAACAAACGAAUGUAUCUUCCAAACACUCCGGAUCGAGUGAAAACAGUCAUUGAUGGAGGAAUUCUCUAUCUUGAAAGAAAUUUAUUGACCUUCCUUGAAUCUCAUGAAAACGCCUUCUUCAGUGGUACAAUUAAGGGACAUUUCGAUUAUCCAUUUUUCUAUCCGUCAAAUGUCGCUGAAUAUUUGAAUGGAACUAAAGUGAAUCCACAACAACCAGGAAGUGGUGAUUUAAUUGAUUCUAAACUCAUUGUUGCUGUUGAAGGAGUGAUUGAUUCAAAGGAAUAUCAACAAAUGGUCUCUCAGAAAUGGUUUGAUAUGCAAGUGCCAACACAAUUUCCAGGAUUUGAAGAUUCUAAAUUUCCAUUUUGGUCAAGUCCUGCAUUGACUCUUUCGAUUUCUCAGUUGGUGUUUUCCAAGUACGUGAAUUUGAUGGAUUAA